CUCAGACCACCUACUCCGUAAUACCAAAUAACAAAAGGUUGAAGCCAUACAAAUCAAGAUCAAGAUUAAAGUCAAGAUAAAAAAUGUCGUCUACCUUGACAACGGACCUGUCCUCUCAUCUUGCCUUGGUCACUGGUGCAACAGGAGGAAUCGGCCGAGCUACAUGUCUUUCCCUGGCAAAACUCGGUUGUUCCGUCGCGAUUCACUACCACAGUGCCGCAGAAAAGGCCGCCAAACUCGAAUCGACCCUGAUGGCCUACGGUGUCAAAGCCCAAGCGUUCCAGGCAGACUUGAGCGACUACGAAGGCGCACGCAAGCUACACGCCGCCGUCGUGAAGGACAUGGGUCACCCCACCAUCCUGUUCAACAACGCCGGCAUGACCAUGGGUAAAUCGGGGGUCAAGGACAUUUCCGAAGUCACCGUCGAAGAAUUCGAACAGACCUGGCGCGGGAACUGUGGGACGGCAUUCCUCCUCACUCAACUGUGCAUCCCAAGCAUGCUCCGGCACAACUGGGGCCGUGUAAUUUUUUGUUCCAGCGUAGCUGGUUUCACGGGUGGCGUUGUAGGCCCUCAUUAUGCAUCAUCAAAGUCGGCAAUGCAUGGUCUCAUCCAUUGGCUCGCCGGUGCGUAUGGGAAAAAAGGCAUCACCGUGAAUGGUGUUGCACCUGCUUUGAUCGAAGAGACUGGCAUGUUGCCCGGCAGCAACGAUGAACUAUCCGGAAAGAUCCCAAUCGGUAGACUCGGAAAGCCGGAAGAGAUCGCCGAGACUGUCGUGUGGAUGGUCAAAACUGGUUACGUUCAUAACAAGGUCGUCGCUGUCGAUGGAGGAUGGUUUAUCCAGUGA